GGGGGGUGGGUGGGGGGUAUUUGGGGAGGAGGUCCUGUCCGAUCUCAUCCAAACCCAGUGAUCACACUUUACUCUGUGUUUCUGCACAAAUACAGGACCCGCAGCUUCAGCACAAAUUCUUUGCCGCAGCCUUUAUUUAUUUAUUUAUUUGUUUGUUUGUUUGUUUAUUUAUUUAUUUUUGAACCCGAAAGCACAUUUCAUUUCUGUGCUGAGGAUGCGCGCGCGCGGGUCCGGCAGUACACCUCCUCCUCCUCCUCCUCCUCUUCCUCCUCUUUCUCCUCCUCGCCUUGUGGUUAAUGUAGUGUAAAUGUGGUGUGAUGUAAGGAGUGUUCUCCAUGGCGUCUCAGCAACAGUCCCGGAUCCAGUCUUACCUGGAGAGGAAUAAAAUCGGACCCCUGUUUGAGGAAAUGAUGACCAAACUGAUAACUGAGACCCCAGACCAUCCGAUUCCCUUUCUAAUCGGACAUUUACAGACCAAGCACGAAAGUCCAGGCCACCGGCUUCACCGAACGCUGUCUGGAUCUGCGGCUCUGUGGGCCGAGACUGACUGUUCAGAACACAAAAGUAAUCGACGGGAUUUUAGGAGUUAUGACAGAGCGUGGCAGAUUCACCCCAAAAAGCCCAAGAAGUCCAAGAGCGACUUAGCGGUGUCCAACAUUUCUCCUCCUUCUCCUGAGUCUAAGUCAUUGCCUCGUUCCAUAGAGUGUCCCUCAUGGGACUGGAGGACCAAACCCGAGAGCCGAGACUUUGACGAGCUCAACCACAUCCUGCGGGAGAGCAAGAAGCUGGGCAAAGCAUUGGAGAACCUGUCCCGAAGUAUUGCCUUAUCUGAUGAGCUUGAUCAGGACUUGCGGCUUUAUAACUCAGUGUUGCGGCCCCGUGUCGUGGGUGAGUGGCUUGGUAGAGACGAAGACGACGCUGAUCCGCUGGCCGCUGAGAUGCUCCAGCCUCCUGUCCCGAGGGCAAAGAACGAGGGAUGGAGCAGCCGAGACACCAGUCCUGCAGGAAGUCUCAAGAUGGAGGUGAAGACGAAAGGGCUGAAGCAACAGCAGCAGCACCGGAAGAAGCUCCUGGCGGCCAUGUUGUCUCAGGACUCGUUCGACUCCAUGGCUAGCUCGGCUCCGUCCGUCACCGAGGACGAGAUGGAGGACGAGGACGACGCCAUGGAGCUUCUGGAGGACCUGGAUGACCUGAGGAUGGAGGGGGUCAUUGGCCUGGUUCCUUCUGGCAGUAAGUUCAGCCAAGGGCGCAGCUCCUACUGCCCCGAACCGCAGGCCAAAGUCACCCUUAACAUCUGCUCAAGGUGUGCCAGGCUUCAGGGGGAUAGUCUCGCUCCAGCCGGCGCUGAGGAGGAACCAGCACCGCAUAUUCCUGAGCAGGCCGUGCCUGAAGUGACAUGUCCAUUGCCUGGAGUGACAGAGCCUCUGACUGCCGCCGAGCUGGAACUCCAGGGUGCUUCUCAAGUGUCUGCUCCGCGCUAUCCUGCAUGGGCGUCGGACGUGAAGCCGGUGAGAGGCACAAGCCCACAGGCACAGCGCCGUGCUCUACAGCUGGAGGAGCUUCUCUUUUCUAAAGAGCUGGAGAACAUGGGCAAGCACCUCGCUGAGGUGGAGAAGGACUUGGCCAAGCUGGCUGAACAAGGGAAGCUCAGUAGAAGUCCCAUCAGCCCUCACAGCAGCCUGCUCCUGCCCGUGAACCCCCACAGUGCCAACGCGCUGCCCAUGUCAGGCUUCAGCUCCAAGCCCAACUCGCCAAGCAAGACUCCCAUGCUGCCGCUCAUCAUCAGCCGGACUAAAUCUCCCAGCAACCCCUGCAGCCGAGCCCAGACUCCCAGCAGACCACAGACGCCCAGCAGGCCCCUGACCCCCAACAGCCUCAUGAUGCGCUCUCUACCCACUACUAGCCACGGAAACCCAGAUCGUAUGUACAGGCGCUCAAGGAGCAGACCGGUUACCCCGACUGGGCAAAUAACACGACCUCUUCUGACCCCGCCAGGUCUCAGCAGCACGGACAGCUUCAGUCUGCGCAGCACACUGUCUGAGGAUGAGUUUUACCGGCAGCUGCAGGCCGUCAGACAGCCUUGGCUCAUCCCCAGUGACACUGAGAGUGAGUGCAUGGAGCGUCCAGAGCAGGACAAGUGUAACCCUGGCGGAAUGAGAGACGCCAGUAAGCGAUCGGUGUUUUCAGGCUUAUAACAUGACAACUGCAGACCGAGACCCAGUCAUAUUUAUGCAAUCUAAACGGGCAUUUUGAACAUUGUGAAUAAGCCAGAGAGACUUAUUUUUUAUAAUUCCUAUUAAAAGAAAAAGGAUUGUGUACUCUUUUUUUUUGUUUGUUUGUUUUUCCACAGAGGUUAAUAUUUCUUAGAACCUGGCACAUCUGUAUGCUAAAGUACAAAUACUUGAAAUUAGAGAAUGUAGUAUGUUGGUAAGAAUGCUGUCUAUCUGCUCUGUUUGAUUUGUUUGCCUUUUUAGCAUGCUUCCCAUUACUGAAUUUUGGGAGAAAACCUUGACCCAUGGCCUUGCAUUGAAGUUAUUUAUGUAUACGAUUUUAUGUGCCAACUGAUUUCAAAAAAAAAGAAGAAGAAGAAGAAGAAGAAGAAGAAGAAGAAGAAGAAAUUUUUGAUAACCAUUUCCAGCAAAGGAAAUGGCAGCCUUCUUUGGCGUUAGUUGGAUAUGUGAAUGUUAAAGCUUGGUAGAGAAGCACCCUUAAGCCGGGUUUACACUGUAUGAUUUUCAGCCCAAUUUUAUCAUUGCAUAUCACAAAAGAAUUCGGCUGCGUGAGUGCGGCAGAUUUAGUGCGAUCUCAUACAAAGAAAUAAAGUUCUGUCAGUGUUUGAAAUGUUUAAGUAGCAAUGUCGAAGCGUAAAGAAAACCCCAUCCUUAUUACCUCAAGCUCACGUUGAAGAAUGUUUCUGUUUUUCUGCUCAAGCCCGAACUUGAAUGUAAACAAGCAGAACGUAGACAUUUUUCUUUAAUCGCAGGUCUAUCGCUAGAGAAACUUCAUUUGAAAUAGAAUUUGAGUACGAUUUUUUGGGGUUUUUUUCGGGGAUCAUCUCAUACAGUGUAAAAGGCUUUAUUCUGUAUCACUGCCCUGGAUGACCAACACAGCAAGCACUCUUUUACUUCCUACGAUGAAUGACAAAAGUAGCGUGUAGAACAAGAUGAGAUUUAUUUGUUAUUUUGUACUAAUGAUGCAGUACGUAUAUAGCCUGAUACACCUUGUAUGAUGCAAAUUAAACGGAUUUAUACGGUUCCUUGUCUUGUCCUGUGUCCGUUUGUACGGGAUAUACGAUAUACAUGCGUACCGUAUAGCCGAAUGUAUGUGGACACCCCUCCUAAUGAUUGAGUUCAGGUGUUUCAGGCACACCCAUUGCUAACAGGUGAAUAAAAUCAAACCCUGGGAGGAAACCCCGGGAAGCACAUGCAAACUCCGCGUACACAGGGAAGAGGUGGGAUUCGAACCCCAAACCCCGGAGGGGCGAGGCAAACGUGCUAACUACUAAUCCACCGUGAUUAUGAAAAAAUAAAUAAAUAGAAUAAAUUACUUUCAAGAUUCCACUCUCAAAACAAAGAGGGGUGAGGGUGUUGUUGUUGUUGUUGUUGUUGUUCUCUUUCUUUAAACCUUGUCAUGAUGGAGGUGGUGUCUAAUAGCCGAUUCUGAAACUUGCCAACCCCAAAAAUCUUACUGUGCAU